GAGUAGCAGUAAUUCCCAAGCGUCUAGCCUUAGGUAGAGCAGUAAAAACUCAUUUUGCAAAUCCGUACCUUUCUUCCAACUGUUUUUCCUUAAUAGAAAAUCGUGGUUUUUCUCCGCUUCAUGAACGAUGA